UCGUUCGGUUUCUUAACUUUCUUUCUUUUCUGUUUUCCCUGCGAUUUCCCCCCACCCCCCUUCUUCUCUCGUCAUCGGCAGAAGAGAUGAUGACUCGAAGAUCGAGGCUGCCGCCGUCGAGAUUCUUGGUUUUCUUCACCUCGGUGCUCUUCCUGCAAUUUCUAGGAGGGCUGGCUGGUGAACCGUCGACUGCCAACAAUGAAAUAAAAUCAAAGGGUCAUGGUGCUUCUGGUGGUGGCGUUGGUGUCAAGGUCUUGCUUAUAUGCUCUGCGGUGGUAGCAAUUGUGGCAUUCUGUGUGUUCCUCUUCAAGAGAUGGCAGAAGAAGAAGAGAGAGGAGCAGCAUGCCCGUCUUUUGAGAUUAUUUGAAGAGGACGAUGAGCUUGAGCUUGAACUCGGUCUCCGUGACUGACAUCGUCUGUCCCACUCGCAUGAUGAUAAGUGUAGCAUACUUGAGGUGUUGAUUUUGUUAUGUAUAUACAAACUUGAUUUAUUUUCCUUUUGUUA